UUUGAUGUCAAUACUACUUACCUUGAUGGCAACUGGGCAACAAGUACCUCUGCACUUUACUAUCCCAAAGCUCUUCCAAAUCCAGUCUGCCUAUGGAACGGUACAAUGCCUCCUUUGAAUUCAAGACCAUCUACGAUCUCUCACCAAGGACAGCAUCAGAACUGUAGUUUUCGGCCAAUUCACCAGAUCUACUUACCACAGCCAGACAGUUCUCAAACCCCAUGUCAGAAACCAUAUGGCGCCUUCCACCCUGGAGUAGGACAGGAUGCUGGUCAUUCUGAACCUGGAGCUGUAGCUGUACCAGGCUGUAAACCUGGAUCACUUGAGGAGCCAGGAAAUGGGAUCAAUCUGGAUCUAAUUCCCAAUCCAGUUCAGGUGUCAGAGAAUGAUAAAGAGUUAUGGGAAUCCCAAGUAUUUUGUACUGACACAAGAGGGCAAAUACCUCCACUGAGCACAACACACUUCAGAGUGGAAGACCAAGGUUUUGCAAGCCCCAGGUUUGUCCGAUGUACGACUUAUACUUUCCCUUGCACUCCAGAGAUGGCCAAACUCUCCCACCUUCCUCUUGCUGCAGUUGUUAAACCACUCGCUAGGCUGCCAGAAGGAGAGGCUCCUGUGCCUUUGGUGGACUGCAGUGAAACUCUCCCUGUCCAGUGUGAGAAAUGUGCAGCCUACAUAUGCCCAAUGAUGGAAUUCCUGGAUAACGGACAUAGUUUCCGGUGCCUAUUCUGUGACAGCAUCUCACGGGUGCCAGACCACUACUUUCACCCCAUUGACUACACUGGGAAGCGGGCCGAUCGCCUUAGUAGGCCAGAGCUAUCUCUGGGAUCCUAUGAGUUUCUGUUGCCAGAACAGCAAAACAAGAGCGAUCGAGGACCGAGUUCAGUGGGAUUCAUUUUCAUGAUUGAUGUAUCGUACAAUGCGGUGAGGAGUGGCUUGCUCCACUUAAUCUGUGGCGAGUUGAAGAAGGUGGUGCAGUGUUUGCCAAGGGAGCCUGGGACUAUGGAGUCAGCUGUGAGAGUGGGAUUCCUAACGUACAAUAAGUUUCUACAUUUCUACAACGUGAAAGGCUCGCUGGCUCAGCCGCAGAUGGUGGUAGUGACUGAUGUCUCUGAUGUGACAACGCCAAUGUUUGACGGGUUCCUGGUCAAUGUGAAGGAAUCCACUGCACUUAUCAACAGUUUGCUGGAUAGGAUCCCACUGCUGUUUGCGGACAGUCCUGAAGUGGAUGUUCUCUUUGGCCCAGUCGUCCAGGCAGGCCUAGAAGCUCUGAAGGCUGCUCAAUGCUUUGGCAAACUCUUCAUUUUCCACACAUCGCUGCCCACGGUGGCUGCCCAGGGUACUCUGAGAAACCACAACACCAAGAAGCAGCAGUUGUUGUUCCAGCCUCGGAGCAGCUACUACCAGACACUGGCCAAGCAGUGUGUGCAGCAGGGCUGCUGUGUGGACCUCUUCCUCUUCUCCGACCAGUACGUGGACAUGGCCUCCCUGGUUCUGGUGACCUUCAAGACUGGAGGAAACCUCUACAACUACAGCAACUUCAAGGCUGAGAGAGACGCAGAGCAGUUCCAGGGGGACCUUCAAAGGAAUGUGGAGAAGGUGCUGGGAUUCAAUGCUGUGAUGAAUGUUCACGCUAGGAAAGGUAUCAGAGCGACCAACUACUAUGGUUCCUUCCAUGUGAACACAACUGAGGUGCAACUGGCCGCAAUUGACAGUGACAAAGCACUGCUGGUGGAGUUCAAACACAGUGGGAAGCUGCAGGAGAAGGAUGGUGUGCUCAUCCAGUUUGUGCUCCUCUACACAACCCUCAGUGGGCAGCGCAGAAUCCGAAUCCAUAAUGUUGGUCUCAACUGCUCCACCCAGCUGACUGACACCUUCAGGACAUCCCAGGCUGAAACCCUGUUGAACUACUUUGCUAAGACCGCGUACCACAGUGUGCUUGGUCGUUCCACGAAGGCGGUGCGAGAUGAGCUGGUGAGACACGUUACUCGGAUGUUGGCCUGUUACCGAAAGCACUGUGCCCAAACUUCAGCCCAUGGAGGUCAGAUGGUCAUGCCACAAUUUCUAAAAGUCUUUCCUCUGUACUUGAACUGUCUGCGGAAGAGUAAAGUGCUCCUCACAGGGCCAGAUUCCUCCAUCGAGGAGAGGGUCUACCUCAGGCACCUGGUCAUGUCAAUGGAUAUUGCGGAAACCAAUGUCUUCUUCUACCCUCGCCUUUUGCCAAUAGCAAUCUUGCCACGGGCUGUGCGAUGCUCCAACAGGUGGCUGUCAGCCAAGGGCUUCUACCUGCUGGAGGACGGGCUGAGCCUGCUCCUGUGGAUUGGGAUGUACGUGCCCACAGCGUGGAUCCAGAACGUCUUCGGGGUGCCCUCCUUCAACACAGUGGACUGCGGAGUGGGCUCCCUCCCUGCACUGGAUAACCCCGUCUCCCGGCAGAUCCGAAGUGUCAUCGACAGGAUCCGCAAAGAGAGGUCGAGAUUCCUGAAGUUCCUCAUCGUGAAACAAGCAGAUGAUUCAGAGAGCCAAUUCCAGCAUUUCCUGGUUGAAGACAAGAAUCCCAGCGGGGGAGCCUCCUACGCAGACUUCCUUUAUCAUAUCCAUGUCACAAUCCAGCACUCACUGCAGUAGCCUCUGUCGCCUCAGCUCAAUUCACAACAAGUCUUGCUCAUCCUUUCUUGCUUCCUCUUUAUUCUCGACUAGCAACCACAUAAAUAUUGAGGCAAUAUCCACCACUUGCUUAGCUGAGUACAUCCUCAGUAACACACACAAGCUCAGCAACUUCCACUCUGUACUUCAUUCCCUUCACCACCCGUACACCACUGCUCUUUGCCUAGGCUAUUCCAACAGCACCUCCCAAACCAAUGAACCGUACCACCGAGGAGGGCAGCUAGAAUAUGGGAACACAAACCUCGCAGGGAUCCGGCCCAGUUGCACAUCAUCCUCACUCGGAAAUACAUCGCUGUUCCGUCACUAUCGCUGGGCCCCGUGGCACUGUGGAUAUUGUCCUUCCCAGUGCCACCUAUGUCCUGGGAGGACAUAUAUGUAUGUUGGAGGAUUUGGGUAAAAAUCCUCAAAUAUCGUGUCAAAUUUCUUACCAAGACACUGCUUUCUUCCUCCUCCCAGCAACUUCUCAUCCUUGACGUUCACCUUCAUCUCUGAUCACCUUGCCCUCCUUCCCCGCCAAGUUUUCUGGCCUGUUCCUUCCUUAAUCCUCCACUUGAUACACACCCAACAAAGUCACUCCGUGGCCUCCCUGGCUCUGAAUAGAAGUUGGGAAGAUCAACUGGAGAACAGCAACAAGAAGAAACAUUUAGAACAGUGUUCAGAGUGAAAAAGAUAAAUAUUCCACUUAAAGACCAAACAGUCAUGGGCCUCCAUGCAUCAAUAAAGACAGAUGGGAAGAAUUAAGGUUAAGGAAAGGGGCAGACCUCAGCCAUGCAGACAGCGGAGAAGUCUGUGAUAAGAGAGAACAUGACAGCAAAAAAAAAAGUAAAACAGGCAGCAACGAUGAACAUAAAAAGGAACAUAAAAUAGCAGUCUUGCAAUCACAUCCUUUGGAAGAAGAGUUGGGAUGGGAAAAGGUCCAAAGGACAGUGAGAACAAUACCAUAGUUGUCAUGGAGAUGGCAAAAAUAUCAAAUCAUUAUUUUGCUUUGCUAUUUUUCAGGGAGAUGGAACACAUCAACACGAUGUUGGAUGAUUAGAUAGAUAAGUGCAUUUAAAAUAGAAAAGGGGAAAAUAUUAAAUAAGCAAAUCAAACUCACGAGGACAGGUUGAGCAAGCUAGGGCUUUUCUCUUUGGAGAGGAGGAGGAUGAGAUGUGACUUGAUAGAGGUGUACAAGAUGAUAAGAGGCAUAGAUCGAGUGGACCAUCAGAGACUUUUUCCCAGGGUGACAAUGGCUAACAUGAGGGGACAUAAGGUAUAGGUGGGUGUGUGGAACGCACUGCCUGCAUAAGUUGUGGGGGCAGGUACAUUAGGGACAUUUCAG